CAUCAUCUGCCAACUCGAAUGCCAUCAUGUCACCCCAAGGUGUGGGUGUCGACACGACGGGAUACUGAGUCGCUCCCGAGUUGCACAAAGGAUGGGCUGUAACGUAUCGUUUCCAUCAAUGCCUCGUGCCCAUGGGCUCUUGCGACCUAAAACGACCCAGCCUCAGCCAGCCUUGGCGUGACGUCGUCGAGCCAUGCACGGCCGCCCUUGGCGAGUCGACAACCUGAUUUGGGCCAUUCUUCAGGGACGCAUGCUUACCGACCUGCUGGUGCUGGACCUGCACUCUCGAGCCCGUGGAGGCCCCAGGAGCUUCUUGUCCGGUGCGACCCUCCUGUGCGUAAGCUUAAAGUCAAGCUUGUUUCCCUGCUUAUUUUGAUACUGGGGAACUUUGUCCACGUGCCACUCCAACAGCCUGUCGCGACAACCACCAGACUCUUGAACACAAACAUGGCCUCCGGAUUUGGUGUCGCUUUUGCUGGCGCCCUGCAGGCGUCACUAUCGGUCCUGCUCACCAUCGGCGUUGGCGUUGUGAGCGCCCAGUUUGGUCUCGUGAGCACACAGGCCGCCGAGGACAUCUCCCACCUCUGCGUCCAGAUUCUGCUGCCGUGUCUCUUGAUUGAGAAUCUGGGCCAGAACUUGGAGGUCGACACAAUCAUCGACUACGUGCCGCUAGUCAUCUGGGCGGCAUUGUACACAAUUAUCAGCAUAGCCAUCGGUCGGGUUUUGACCAUCGUCUUCAAGCUUCCCGCGUGGGCCACGCCGGCUUUGGCGUUCAACAACACGGAAUCGAUGCCCUUGCUACUUCUGCAGGCUCUCGGAACAACUGGCACGUUGGCCACGCUCACUGGCGCGGGCCAAGAGUCGGCCGCUAUUGAGCGAGCACGGUCCUACUUCUUAGCCGCAUCGGUCAUCACCAACACAAUCACCUUCGGCGAAGGACCGGAAAUCUUGAAAACCUCGGCGGGCCAUUCUGGGGUUGGAAAAGCCUGGCGAUGGCUGGCGGGGCGCUUGAGUACCGAGGGAGACGCCGAAAACGCCUCAGGAGACGAGGGCGAGAACGAAGACGAUGAUGAGGAUGAGAAUGCCGACCAGAAUGGCUCCAGUGAUCAAGGUGAUGCAGACGAGCAGACAUCGCUCCUCCCUCACCAGGUCCGCCGGGGCGGCCGGAAGGCAAAGCAGGCGGUCCUGCCCGUGCUCGAACGAUGGCACGCAGCUUUGCCUGGUCCCGUCCAGUAUGUCGUGUCUGGCAUGGGAAUGCUGAUCAACGCGCCCUUUAUUGGUGCCUUGAUCGGUAUCAUCAUCGGCCUCACGCCGCCUUUGAAGAAACUCUUCUUCGCUGACAUGAGCGAGGGUGGCUACUUUAAUGCCUGGCUGACGACGUGCAUCAAGAACGUGGGCGAGCUCUUCGUCUCUCUACAGGUUGUCGUGGUUGGUGUCAAGCUCAGUCUGAGUCUGAGGAAGUGGAAGGAGGGUGACGAGGCCGGAUCGGUGUCGACGCAAACUUUCCUGCUCGUCUCUCUGGUCAGAUUUAUCGUCUGGCCUGCCAUCAGCAUCCCUCUAAUCUGGGUCCUGGCCGCCAAGACGGACAUCCUGCCAAACGAUCCAAUCCUCUGGUGGACCCUGAUGAUACCGCCCACUGGCCCUCCUGCGAUGAAGAACCUCGCCCUGGCAGAUGUGUGCGGCGCAUCCCAGAAGGUCAGGAUGUCCAUUGCCCGCUUCCUCACUAUGUCAUACAUGAUCACUCCUCUGAUCUCCCUUUCGGUGGUUGGCGCGCUCGUGGCUGCCAAAAAUGCCAAGGAGGAGUAACAAUGCGCCCCUAGUGUGGUGCAGGGCUUGAGCCAUCUGAUAUGGCGAUGUACGAUAUGCGAGACCCAUGGUUUCUCGUUGUGCGACUGUCGCGAAGUUCCAAAGUUGAAAGUUAGGAAGCGAUUUCCAGCAGAGCAUACACAAGGACGUCCACGAUGAGACACGGGUAACGUGGACACUCGGCAUUCACGAAGCAUAAGCAAGGAGACA